UUCCCUUCGGUGACAUUAGUUGCAGAACUCUAGGUGGCUGGAUGUUGAUAUCUAUACGGAGGAUGACUGUAUGACUACAUGACAGUCGUGGUAGAGGCGAUGUUUACGGCGAUGUCGUGUGCUUCGUUUAUUCUAACGGUCAUUUUCACCCACCCACUCACAGUGUUAGCCGCACGUGGAAAGUGUUUCGACGUAUGGUCGGUGGUUCAGAAGGACACUUACAUGGACAGCAGCGUCUACAGGAAGGUCAUCGCUGCAUCUCUGUACCAGUGUGCAUCAGAGUGUCUCAUGUCAUCAACAUGCUUGUCAUUCAGUUAUAAGCAUCACACCUGCCACCUCAACAGCAACACCAGCGACCACGUCGAUGUCAUCACUGGAGCAGGAUCUGUCUUCAGUGACAUUCACCACUGGCCGCAGCGCCUGGCUGGUCCGUGUGCUACUGCCCAGGUGUGUCCGGCCAUGUCCAGGUGCCUGGUUGACCGGCUGGGCCAGACAUCAUGUGCACCAGACAUUCCGUGUGGGUCACCGCCAGUUGUUGACGGUGCUACUAGAGAAACCGAGGGGCAGUUCCAUGGAGCAACUAGUAAAUACACAUGUAUAGAGGAUUAUAAACAAUGUGACGCCCAAACCACAAGUGUCUGUCAGUCCACGGGUGAAUGGGAUGCCCUGUCGGGUCUCUGCGGCCUAUACAGAUGGCGCAAUCCCGAAGUAGGUGUCUUGUAUAGACUGCCAUGCGGUGCUUCAAGUGAUAUGCACCUGCGUAUUACGGCAACCCCGACAAAGACAACACGAUGCACAGUGGACAUCCGCAGUGGAAUGGACGUCCUUUGCCACAUAUCAUUUCGUCUCGACAGUCUGGGCGAUGUGAAAACAACAAUAUUCAACACCAAAACAAACGGGGCAUGGGGCACGGAAGAACGCGCCGAUAUGACUCUACUCGUUGCUGGGCAAGAGGCCAAAAUCUCCAUCUUCCUGGACGCUGGUGUCUAUCAGAUAAUGGUUGAUGGAACGACUAUUUACAACUUCACAGAGAGAACUCAGGGCGCCAAGCCGGAUUCUUUCAUACUUGGUAGUGAUAUACAACCACAUCUCAUAGCGGAUGAAGUCUAAAGGAACGUGAUGACAAGCACCUUUAUUCAAUGGAUGCAUCUUAUACUCCUUUAUGCUGAUGAUACUGUUUUGUUCGCGGAGACCCCACGUGAUUUACAGAAAUCACUUGAUACGUUUGAAAACUACAUGUGCUGUGGAC